AACACGGAAGUGGCAGAAAAAGCAAAGAGACAGCAAUUAUGGGUUGUCGGAAAGCAUUUUUGCUUCUAUACUUUCUAUUUUUAGUCUAUCUCCACCACAACCACUCUUUUCAAGCGAUCUCCGCUGCUCCAAAUCAUGAAUCGAAGCCGGACGGUGAAGCUUUCGCUGGCAAAACGGCGGAUUUAUCUGUCGUUGUUAAAAAGGGCGGUGGAGGCGGCAGAGGCGGCGGAGGUGGCGGUGGACGUAGUUUUGGUGGAGGCGGACGCAGUUUCGGUGGAGGUGGAGGCGGAGGCCGCAAAGGUGGAAGAGGAGUGAUUCCGUUAGUUGGCGGUGCUGCUGCUGCUUCCCACCACCGUGGCAAACAUUCAAGCGGUGGUCGGGAAAGUGCUAGCGUUUGGUUUGGUUUAUUGACUUUACUCGGUUUGGUUUUGGGUUUUUAGGGUUUACUUAUUUUAAUCGCCGGUUUAGGUUAAAUGUUUGAUGUCGGUUUUGCUUGCUACUGGUUUGCUCUCUGGAUAUAAACACCACUCGGUUUGGUUUUGGUUUUUUAGGAUUUUUAUUUAUUUUGAUUGCCGGUUUAGGGUUAAAUGUUUGGUGCCGGUUUUGCUUUCCACUGUGGUUUGCUCUUUGGAUAUAUCACAAGUUUGUUAGAAAAUUAUAAAAUUUCUCUUAACCGGAA